AUGGCAUACCAACCCCCCGCCCCCGACAUCCCCCUUCAGGUCACCGUCCCCUCCGCCUCCAAAGACGACAAGAACCCCCAGAUCAGCGCCGAACGCCGCAUCAACCCAUCAUGGACCAUCUCCCAGCUCAAAGCCAAGCUCGAGCCCAUCACAGGGAUUCCGCCCGGGUGUCAGCAUCUCCGGAUCAGGGGUUUGGAUGGCGAGUGGGUUGUCAUCGGAGGGAGGGGUGGCAGUAUCGAGGUACGUAUCUCGCGCAUCUACUGUGGGAUCGCUUUCGUGCGGGUGUCUUCUCUUUGCCUUGUGAAUCAGAUAUAG